AUGUCAUCAUCCAAGGCCCGUAACCAGCCUCAUCUUAGUGCGGGUGAGGUCACCCUGCUGGAUCUGGCAGCUGACGAUCCCCGAGACAUUGUAUCUUUUUCAGACAAAGAAGCCACAAUCCUCCAGCUGUAUCAUCAGAUACAGGAGCAGGACCUGGAAAAGGCUAUUCUAGGGCAAGAGUCGACCUCGACGGACAGCGCUGAAGCGCUUGCGGAUGCAGAACGCGAGCUGCUCGACGCCCGAGCCACCUACACUGUUAGGAAAAAGGCGGUCGGCACCGUACUUAUAACAGAUCCUAUUCUCAAAGCUAUUCACUUGAAAGGUGUAACCCCCGCUGAGCGGGCUCUUUUACGUCUUGUCAACAGACGCGAUGUCCUGUCCUUGGCGCAAGAGAAUUUAGGAGAAGUGCAUAAUGCGACACUGAAAAAGUUGUCAACUCUAGAGGUUGAGAAUGUGCAGCUUCACCAGAAGAAUCAAGAGUUGGUACGUGAACUGUUAAAGCUUACAGAGGACGAUGAGUCCUGGAGGGAAGAGCUCGAUGACUCCGAGCUCAAGCAGCAGCUUUCGGAGCUUGAAGCUGGUUACAAGAAGAGUAAGGCGAGAUGGGAACUGAUGAAGAGCGUUACGAGUGCGAUUGUUGUGGGUAGUGGUGUGGAUUGGGCGGAUGAUGAAAAUCUUACGGCUCUGGUGCUCGAUGAGUCCAAUGACUGA